AUGCAAGCAAAGAUGUAAAAUUAUCUUUCUUAAACAGGGAUUGAAAAAUUAUUAAAUGAUAGUUUUAAGCAAGUUGCUAUUAAUAAACCUAGUGAUCCAAUCCUUUUCAUCGCUGAAUAUUUAUAGCAAAGAGCUCAUGCCUAUGAGUCAAACAAUAAUUAUUAAGAAGAGACUGCUCCUUAAAAAACUAUCUACGCCUCAAAUAUUUAGGAGAAAAAUAUAAAAUUUGAUUCUCUUGAUUAAACAAAAUAAAAAUCAAUAAAAGAUGAGAAAAGAUCUACUGUAACACUUAUAACAAAAGAAGAUUUAAAUCGGGAUUUUACUGAAGAAGAUGCUAUCACAAUUACUAAAAAUAAGUUAGCAGGGUUAAACUAUCAGCAAAUAAAUACAGAUCUAUAGACCAUAGCAGAAGAUUAGGAAAUAGAAAAUGAUGAAGAUGACUCAGAUGAAAAUUAAUAGACUGCAUUGCCUUAGGCUGCAUUUCAGCAAGAUCAUACUAAAUAUUAAACUAAUUUAAGCAAUAAUUUUCUGAAUUCAACUAGGAUUAGCACAAAUUUAAACGGUUAAAGUCCUUCAGCAACAAAAAUUUCAUAAAAGAAUAAGAAUACCAAUUAUCCAGAAGACUUUAAAACACUCUAUAUGAUGAUUAAAAAUAACACAGUAUUAACAAUAAGUGAUAUAAUUGAGCAAUUUUAAGAUGACUUCAAGCAUAAUCCAGAGCAAUUAUAUGAGUUAGCAUCAUAAAAUCAAACCUUGACACUAGUUGAUUUUGAGAACUAAUAAAAUAAUGAAGGAACUCCUUCAGCUAAGUAGUUAGAGGAAUAUUUAAGCAGUAGAUCUAAAAAGUAUUAAAAUGUUAUUGAGAUUAAUGAGCUCGCAAGCGGAGCUGAAGCCAUCGUCUUCAGACUAGAGCAUCAUGAAAUUGAUGAGGUUGUCAUAAAAACUAACAAAGUUUUAAGUAAAUCAAAAAAUCCUAAGAAUUUCCAGUAGCCUUUUAUUGACUUUAUGAGAGAGACUUUGUAAUUAAAACUUCUUUAAAACAAAAAUUUUAUUGCUGAGGUUAGAGAAGAAAUUAUUGAAUAUGAUCUAAUAAAACAAUAAAUAUCAAGUCCUGAAAAGCUAGCCUACUUUUUCUACUAAUCCCUGAGUAUUAUUAAGUAUCUACACAGUAAAAAUUUUUUCUAUGGCGACAUGAAGCCUCAAAAUUUACUUAUAUUCAGAAAUAUGAAGGUUAAAGUUGGUGAUCUUGGUAUUUCUUUUAAACUUGAUUCCUAAAUUGAAUCAAACAAGCAAUUUUAUCUAUUAAAGGGACUGACAAAACUUUAUUCAACUGAAGCAGCAAUUAAAGCUAUGGAAAACAGUAUAUUCUUAUCACAAGAAUAACUAUUUGAAGCAGAUAGAUAUAAUCUUAUAAGAGUUUUCUAAAUUUCUUUAGAGUCCCUUAAAAGACUUCAUGGCAAACAAUAAAGUAAAUAUUAGUAUCUACCACAAUAGAUGCUUGAUGAUUUGACUUAAUCAGACUCAAUAUCAUCUGUCCAUGAAAAGUAUCAACUUUUUUUCAGAAAAAAUGACGAUUUUGUAACGAAACUUUUUGAAUAGAUGAAAUUUGAGUUUAAGUUUGAUGCAAUUUAAGUAAUAUCCAGGAUAUCUAGAUACUCAGAGAUAUUCGAGAAUAAAGUUUUCAAGAUAAUCAGGAAAAUAUCUGAAUAUUCACAAAGCAAACAAAAUGACUAUUUAAAGACUGAUAACACAGAAUAAUCUGAUAGUAGCUUUGCGACAUCUUAUAAUCCUAAAAGAACCUCAAAGAUUACCUUGGAUAUUCUAUCUUGCAAAAUAAGGAACUUAUCUAAUCAAUAGAAUCAUAUCUCUUAAUGA